UCACAAUGUCUGGGAUGACUGGCCGCAGCAGAGUCUUGUCACGACAAUGAUCAUCCCUGGGAAUGUCUCGGGACGCUUGAUGGUAUAAGUAUCUACUUAGCAUCUUGCCAUCUACAAGCAGCUGCCUGUUGCCUGUUUGUGCCACGCUCGCCCAUGCAUUCCAAUGACCCCUUGACGGCUUGAGUCUGGAAAUGUCGCCUUGUCCUGACCCAUUAACUUGUCUGUAACCUUCUUUUAACGCACAGAAGCCGAGGACGUCGACAUCACACUGGUCCAACAGCUCGGUUCGCCAGGCUCGCCUUGUCUUCGUCGCGCUAUCCCCAUCGACGGUUCCCUACGGCUACGGGCCACGAGAAGAGCAGGUCCAUCAUCGACAAGCAUCGACUGUCCAGCAUGGCUCCGUCCUCCAUCGAAAGUCGGUCCACCACCGAGGCCUCGGAGAGAUCGCCCCUGCUAGGCAGCGGCCUCUUCCCGCGACGCGACGACAACAGCUUCAAGGAUCCCAAGUCAGACCCGCCGACGGCCAGGCUGCAGGUGCUGCUGCUAUGCUUUGCACGGUUGAUGGAACCGCUCGCCUUCUUCUCCAUCUUCCCUUAUGUCGCCGAGAUGGUGCAGCGGAACGGCAACCUGCCUGACUCGGACGUUGGCUUCUAUACGGGCCUCGUCGAGUCGCUCUUCUCGGCCACCCAAGCCGUCGUGCUCGUGUUCUGGGGGAGCUGGGCGGAUCGCGUCGGCCGCAAGACGAUGCUGCUGUACAGCCUCGUCGGCAUGACAAUCGGGACGGCCCUGUUCGGCAUGGCCUCUGAGAUCUGGCAGAUGGUGCUCUUCAGGAGUGUCACGGGCCUGUUCUCCGGUGCCAAUCUGAUCAUCCGCACCAUGAUCGGGGAGCAUUGCACACCGGAGACGCAGGCGACGUUCUUCAGCUGGUAUGCUGUCGCUGGAAACAUGGGUCUGUUCCUGGGCCCUAUUAUCGGCGGCGCUCUGGUCAACCCAGCCAGUCAAUAUCCCUCCAUCUUUGGGGGAAUUCAGUUCCUCGAGGACUAUCCGUACGCACUGCCAGGUCUUGUCGUGGCGGCCAUCAACGCAACGGCUGCCUUGAGCUCCUUGCUGUUGCUCGAGGAGACACUGCACGUCAACACAAAGACGGACCAGCCCGGUAUGAGCGAUCAUCCAGUACCAGAGGUGCGAUCGCCGCAGCUGUCGAUGCGGCAACUUCUUCAGAUUCCCAAGGUGGCGUCUGUCCUGUAUGUGUACGGCUAUGUCAUGUUCCUCGCCAUCGCCUUUACGGCCAUGCAUCCCGUCGUGCUCUACACGUCGGUGGGCCACGGUGGAUUCGGCUUCUCGACAGCCCGCAUCACAAUGUACAUUACGGCGGUGGGCGCCACGGAGACUGCGUGGCUGAUGUUUGCCUUCCCCUUUCUACAGCGGCGAGCGGGGACCAAGUCGGUUCUGCUCACCUGUGCCUGGGCCUGGCCAUUGUUCUUUGGCGGAUACGUGGUGGUGAAUGCUCUGCUGCGCGCGGGUGGUGAUGAGACGACGAGUCUCGCCAUUGUCGUGGGCGCUGUCAACGUGGUACUCGGACCUGCCGCAUUCAUGUCAUUCACGGCGGUUCAGCUCGCCGUCAACGAAGCCAGUCCAAGCCCCGAUGUCCUUGGCAAGCUGAACUCGGUCGCCGAGAUUGGGUUCAGUGUCAUCAGGAGUAUCGUGCCGGGCGUAGCCACGGCCGUGUUCGCGGCUGGCGUGCGCGGCAACAUCCUCUCUGGGUACUUGGCUUGGGUUGUCCUGAUUGCGUUUGCCUUGGGUGUGCCUCUGGUGCUGAGGAGAUUCCCCGAUGAUAUGGACCAGCCAGGACCGGUGGAGGAACGGUGUUGGCCCGAUGAGACGUGCUGGACUACAUGUCCACGCAGCGAGUUUGGUUCCGUUCGCACGGCCGGCUCCAUCCGCACGAGGAGUUCCGUUUGCACGAUGAACACGGUUAGCACGGCUUGAAGGCACGGUGAGCAGACGGGGUGGUCCUCGACUGGACAUGAGGCAGCGGGUCGGUCACGGACUCACGGGAGGAGAUGCGGAGGAGAUAAUUCGACACGGAGCUGGGAAGAAUACCAAGUAAAUUUAGGGCCUACCCUACACUUCCGCCUUGACUGAUGCACAGCCCAUGUAUAAGGCACACAUACACUCAACUGAACGCGUGAAUGAGGCAGAAUGCGUAGUUCUCAUAGGAUUGCUUUAAGAGUAACCCGAGUGAAAGUUGU